AUGGCAUCCCAAGCAGCUCCAUUUUAUUCGCAAUCUGUUUCCGGAUUGUGUGAGAUAUUUAACGUAAAUGUUAACAAGGGUCUUUCUUCGGAUCAGGUCUCUUCCGCUAGAAAAACGUCUGGGUAUAAUGAGAUUGAAGAGCCGCCAACAAGAUCUAUGUUCCUUCGAUUUUUGGAUCAAUUUAAUGACAAUUUGGCAUUUAUUUUACUCGCAGCAGCGGUGAUAUCCUUUUUCUUGUCUCUUUUUGAUGAAGAUAUCUCACAGCUAUCCUGGUCUUCCCUCUGGUCUUUUGUUGAGCCCAUGGUUAUUUUAUUGAUCUUGAUUGCCAAUGCCUUUGUCGGAUUGAUACAAGAAAGCAAUGCCGAUGCUGCAAUAAAAGCACUAAAGACCUACUCCCCAUCUGAAUGCAAUGUUCUUAGAAAUGGAGAGCUCUCUCGAAUUUUGGCACGUGAGCUCCUGCCUGGCGAUAUCGUCAAACUCUCCAUCGGCGAUAGGGUUCCAGCUGAUUGCAGGAUCGUAAAAAUACAUUCUGCCUGUGGAUUAAAGGUUGAUCAAUCAUUAUUAACGGGCGAAUCAAACAGCGUCAGUAAGAUUUCGGAUGUGAUACACGCGGCAUCGUCAACCAGUAGGCUAAUACUCCAGGAUCAAACUAAUAUGCUCUUUUCUGGAACGCUAAUUACACUUGGCCAUUGCUUGACCAUUGUCGUUGCAAUAGGAAAUUCCACUGAAAUCGGCAUUAUCGCUAAAUCGAUAUCUGGUGCAAAUGGCCAAUCCAAAGAAAAUAAUUCCGAAGACUGUGAUUCCUCUCCACUUAAAAAGCGGCUUGAUGCCUUUGGCGACGAUUUGGCGAAAGCAAUUACAGCGCUUUGUAUUUUUGUCUGGUUGAUCAACAUUCCUCACUUCAAGGAUGAAGCAUUGGGUUCCAACUGGAUCAGAGGUGCCCUGUACUAUUUCAAAAUGGCGGUAGCCCUUGCGGUUGCGGCUAUUCCAGAAGGUCUUUCUGUUAUUAUUACCACAUGUUUGGCUCUUGGAACUCGCAGGAUGGCUUACCAAAAUGCAAUCGUUCGCUCAUUGACCUCCGUUGAAACAAUCGGGUGCACUACUAUCAUUUGCUCCGACAAAACAGGAACUCUUACCACUAAUUCCAUGAGUGCUAGGGUGAUCGUAACAAAUUCCGCAAAAUUGCCCUUUACUUGUGAAACCAUUGUGACGGGAACAAGCUACGAUCCACGUGAUGGUUCGAUUGCCAUUCCUGAUGAAAAAAGAAAGCUCUUCCAAGAGCUGCAGUCUUGUCUUUUCAGAUGCACUGAAGCGUCUGUUAAUAACAAAGCAGGAAAGACAAUUGCUAUGGGAGAGCCUACAGAAAUUUCACUAGUAACUCUUUCAAAAAAGAUUUCGUUGAUUUUGGGCUCCUCAGCUGACGACCCUUUGGAGGCAAAAUCGUUGACAACUCUUGAUUUUGACAGAUGCAGGAAGUCCUCUAGUAUCCUCUGGCAUGUUAAGGACCAAUAUAUUUUAUAUGCCAAAGGUGCUCCUGAAAAUAUUCUUUCUCGGUGCUCUUUCGUGAUGUAUGAAGAUGGCACGACAAAUCAACUGAGUGAAGAGCAACGAAGCCAUAUUAUCCAAAGCGCCUUUACCUUGGCCAAUAAGGAUGCCCUCAGGAUCCUUGCAAUUGCAAAAARGAUACUUCCAAAUGGACCCCCGAAGGAGCUUGAAAAUUCGAAUCAGCUCUCAAAAGUGGAGUCAGAGAUGAUAUUUCUUGGACUUGUCGGUAUUGAAGAUCCUCCACGCCCGGAAGUUGCUAAUGCUAUCAAGGAGUGUAAUACCGCAGGGAUCCGUGUUGUCAUGAUAACUGGGGAUUCGAAAGCCACAGCCGAAUCUUUGGCAAAGAAAAUUAACCUUAUCGCUUCCAGCGAUUUCGAUGGCGAUGGAGAGUUCAUCGAUAUGCCCGAAAAAAGCAUCUCACUUACCGGUUGCGAAAUAGAUUGUUUGACCGACGAUCAGCUAGCAAAAGCAUGCAAGAGUGCAAAAAUAUUUUCCAGAACAGACCCAUCUCAUAAACUACGUUUGGUUGAGGCAUUUCGUCGCUCGGGCCAUAUUGUCGCAAUGACCGGCGAUGGUGUCAACGAUGCUCCAGCUUUGAAAAGAGCUCAUAUUGGUAUUGCCAUGGGAAGCGGAUCUGACGUGGCCAAGGAGGCUUCUGAUCUUGUGUUGGCGGAUGGAAAUUUUUCUACCAUCACCAAAGCCGUUGCAGAAGGCAGGGCUAUCUUUGAAAAUACGCAACAAUUCAUCCGAUAUUUAAUCUCCUCAAAUAUUGGGGAGGUUGUCUCGCUUUUGUUAGGCACAUUGGUAGGUGUGCCAGAGGUCCUUGCCCCCGUCCAACUAUUGUGGGUCAAUCUGGUUACCGAUGGCCUUCCAGCUACGGCUUUGUCGUUUAACCCACCCGAUCCAUUUUGCAUGAAUCGACCUCCUCGCCUAGCCACCGCUCCUCUUGUGGAUGGAUGGAGGUUUUUUAGAUAUUUGACUAUUGGAAUGUAUGUAGGAAUAGCCACCAUAACCGGAUAUUUCCUUGCAUUAUCGGCGGACCUUGCGUCGCCUUUCCUUCCGUCCACGAUGGCCCUUUCUGUUUUGGUGGUCAUUGAAAUGUUUAAUGCCCUCAAUAGCGUUUCUGAAUGCGAAAGUUUGGCGUCCGUAUAUCCCUGGAGCAAUCCCUGGUUGAUUGGUGCCAUUAUGCUCUCGUUGUUACUUCAUUUUGCAAUUCUUCAUAUCCCCGUUCUUGCAAUGAUAUUUAAAGUUACCCCGCUUUCACAAUGGCAAUGGCUUCAAGUCGUUUCGCUAUCGCUCCCUGUGGUCCUUUUAGAUGAAAUCCUUAAGGCACUUACACGAGCAAGCACAAAUGCGAAGCUCGGUAAUGAUGUCGUUUUAAGUAGCCAUCGGGAUGAUGAAAGUGCCCCGCUUCUCACGAUCCAAUAA